AUGACAGAAGAUGAUAUUGUCGCUGUUGGUACUAUACUAUCGAUUAUAAGUACUGUAGCGUUGAUUGCGACCUGGUGUCUGAUCCCACAGUGGAGAACGCUUCUCAACUAUGUCACCACGAAUCAGAUAAUUGCCGGAACUCUUCACCUGAGCACCCUCAGCCUUUUGGAGGUAGAUUUGAGUGACGCAUCUAUAGAAAUCGUAUUAGAGGUGAAUUUAUAUCUUUUCUACGCGUCUCUAUGCUGGUCUCUGUGCGCAUCAAUGAUCUCCUAUUUGAAGCUGGUGCUGAUUCAUCCGGGGAAGAUACACCGUGGCAAGAGGAAAGCCACUCUCUUCAGCUACGGCCUACUCUUUCUGAUGAAGAUUGUGACGAACGUGUUGAUCCCGAAAAUGUUCCAGUUGAAGAAAUACUCCAGCGAUAUGGUUAUCGAACUUGUGUCCAUAUACUCCAUCAUAUCGCUGAACAUGUUCGUCUUUAUCAAAGUUGUGGUCACUGUGGUACCUUGCUGCAGAAAACGCAUGUUCAAAUUACGAAGCGGCAACAUUGUUUCCUUGAUUGGUGUGGGAUUUGUUUGCGACGUGGCAACGUCUUUAUGUAUGCUGCUAACCAUGUUCCAGCUUUACGGGGGCGUUGAGAGAAUUAGAGUGAGAGUGGUGAUGGCCUUCAGACUCAUACCUCAAGCACUGGUAGUGUUGUUUAAUAAAAGAUCCAGAGACAUUUGGAGUAAGUACUUAAGAAGGAGAAGAUGUAUUAGGUUAAACAAUAUAGCGAUGCAAAAUAUUGGAGUU